AUGGGGGAAAGUAAACGUGAAUACUUGGAAAGAAUGGACAUAAUCUUUCAAGUGAAUGAAAUCGACGCAUCUAAAAAGACUGUAAUGUUGCUAACGCUAGGAGGAGCAUCACUGUACAGUUUUGUAUCGAAGAUGGUAUCACCGGAAGAGCCCAAACUGUGCAAUUAUGAAAAGCUGUGUGUGAAACUAAAAGACCAGUUGGAGCAAAAAGUGAAUGUGGUGGCAGAUCGAUACAAUUUCCGUCACUGUAUGCAGAAGGAGCAUUCCAUAACCGAAUACAUUAUGGAAUUGAAGUCUAUCGCACAAACGUGUAAGUUCCAAUCGUUCUUAUCGGAAAUGUUACGGGAUCAAUUGGUGACCGGUGUACGGGACGAGGGUCUGAGGAAGCGCCUGUUAAGAGAGUCAGAGCUAACGUUCGAGCAAGCCGAAAGCAUCGCGAGAACGUGGGAAGCAGCGGAUGAGCAGAACGAGACUUUCGUGGGAAAAGUGAAGCCUAGAGAAAUGGCGGCAAUUAAAAACGCGCCAAAAAGUAUCGUCAGUAAGCAGCACUACAACCAUGGAGGGAGUAGUUACCACCCACACAAGCAGAGCAACGAGCAUGCAAACGAGAGGAAGUGUUACCGGUGUGGGAGACUACACAAUCCACAAACAUGUCCAGCACGAUCAUGGCAGUGUUUUACAUUAUUUGUUUGUAUUAAGUAUUUGUUAGAAGCAAGAUUCAAAGUAUUAAAUCUGCAGAGAAAGAUCAACCAAUUUUUGAUAAGCUAUAGGAAUAACCCAUGUACAGUAACGAAAGUUACACCAAACGAAAAAGUGUUCUGUUUUGUACCACAUACUUUAAUCGCAAAACUUAACCCUACCACAGCACACAAAACAGAUAUACAAAAUGAAUGCAAGGAACAGAGAAAGAAUAGUACAAACAAAAAUGUGGAAGAAUCAAUACAUGAAGGGGAAGAGGUAUAUUACAGGAAUCAUUUCAAGGAAAUAAUUAGAUGGAUUCCAGCGGUAAUAAAGAAGCGAAUAAGUGAAUUAGUGUAUCUAAUAAGCAUAAACGGAAUAAUUCGUAUGGUACACAAAAAUCAAUUAAGAAGAAAACCAAUACAUGAUAAGUAUAUAGUAGGUAGACUACCGAUAGCAAAGAACUGGUCGUAUAAAAAAAAAGAUGCGAGUCUAGUCCACCACCCAUGAGAAGAUCAAAAAGACUAGAACGACAACCGCGUUUUAAAUACCCAAAGUAAGCAAAUGUUGCUUAAGGGGGAGAAGUGUAUAGAACAUAUAGAAACUUCGUUUAAGGGGGAAAAUGUAGAGUUGUAAAUAGUAUUAGUGUGUAAGUAGUUAUAAGAGUAUAUGUAUCAUAGGUAGAUGUAAGUAAUAGUUGUAAUGUUGUACACGUUUUAGUGUGCAGUUAACACCAUUAGCAGUAGAAAAAGAGUUAACCGCUUUGAAACAAGGUUCUAAAACAAUUUCUUAAUAUGGUCAGGAAUUAGAAAAAAAUGGCUGCCAAAUUAUCUGCAGCUCAUGUGUCUGUAGGAACUUUUGCAACGGAAUCUGCCGCACAUAACAUUGUGAACCCGAUAUUAGUACGUGCAUUUACAAAUGGUUUAAACGAGGCAAAUAUAAAAUUUUUCUUACAAGCUCGUAAUCCGACUACGUUAAGCAAGGCCAUUUCUGAUGCUUUGGAGUGUGAACCCAUAGCAGAAAGAUCAAUAGCUAUGCAAGACGCUCCCAAAAUUCGUAUUAUCCAAGAAAUUCGUUCAACUCAUCAUAUAGAGGAAGAACAUUUCCACCAUAUUCUAAUAACCAAGUCUAUGAAAACCACCCACGAAACUUUGGCCAUUUUGGAAUGGCACGGAAGUUCGGGGAAGUGCGAGUGCGUACGUACGAGAUGUGUAUUAAAUUAUAAGUGCAAUAAAACUAAGUGCGACAAAAUAACAAUAUACUACGAUUCACACACCAUUUUUCCUCCUUUUUAGGAGUUGCCUCUCACAACGCUGCUUGUGGUUGUACAAAGUGUCAAAUAGUAGGACGAUACGAUCACUUUGCACGGACAACUGUGUAUGAAGGUGUUGCAGCAGAUCGAACAGACGCGGAAUUUCGACAGGGGAAAUAUAUAAUAGGUCAUCAGAAACGGCUGACACCAUUAUAAGAUAUAAGAGGAAUAGAUAUCAUUAAGCAGGUUUUAGUAACAGAUGAACUACAUUUAUAUCAUCUAGGAGUUAUGAAGAAACUUUUAAAGGGAUACACAGGAUUAUUAAAAAGAUUUACGGCAUUAACAAAAUCAGAACAGGAGGAAAUGAAUAGGGUCUUAGUAAAAAUUCAGCUUCCUUCAGAGAUACAUCGAAGAGUUAGGUCGUUGCAGUAUGUAAAAUUUUGGAAGGGGACCGAAUUCCGUUCAUUUUUAAAUCGUAUUGGCUUUGCUUCGAGGUAGAAUUCAUGACUCCGAUUAUGAACAUUUUAAACUUUUUUUAUGUUGCACAAACUUUGCUUUCCAACCAAUAUUUUGAAAUUUACUGGGAAUACGCUGGACAAUUACUACGAAAAUAUGUUGACGAUUUUAGUUCUGUUUAUAGUAGAGGUCUUUUAACGAGUAAUGUACAUAAUCUUUUACACGUCCAUGCAGAUGUUAGUAUGUUCGGUCCUCUUCCAACAAUUUCAUCAUAUCCGUAUGAGAAUAAACUGCAGUUCAUCAAACGUAUAGUUAGAACAGGGCCUAGAACGCGAGAACAGGUGGUUUGCAGGCAAACCGAACUUAGGGAAGUAGAUGUUGCAGUCAGUCAAGAGCUUGUGGUGUUCGCCUAUAAAAAGUAAUUAUAAUUUUGCCCAUCACUUGAGGUCCGCGAUAUUAAGGGUUAACUAGGAUCACAAGUGAGACAGUAAACGAUUAACGGGAGAGUCUGGUAGGACACGAUUAGCGCGAGAAAUGCGUAGGUGCGUUAGAAAGGAUAGGUGCGUGAGCGGAAGCUUACCAAAGAGCGAGAAUACGAUAGGGAGAUCGUGAUAGAUAUAAAUUAGGUGUCCGAUCGUACAAGCCCUCUCUCGGUUUCAGUUCCUACGUGCGCGAACAACCACUCUACUGUAAUUUAAAUAAAACGUGCAAAUAAAUUGUAGAACCCUACAAGCUUAAGGUUUAUCCGCAUUUGAAAAUAAAGUCAGGGGAAAUAAUUUUGCACAUUAGAAAGGAUUUUUUGUUAAGACAGGGUAAUAGGAAUGGAUGGUUUUUGACAAAGGACAAAGAAAUAAUUAGGUAUUAUACUGCGACACAAGAUUCAGAAAAUGUUCACAUAGAAGGUCAUAUACUACAGAAGAAGAGUUUAAGUUUCACACGUCCAUGUAAUUCAGACAUAAUAUUUAAUUUUGAUGGGAGAUUAAAUGAUUUAUCGAAUGAAGUAGCUAAAAUCAAUGCUAAUAGGGUGAUGUGUAAGCUAGCAACAGUUUCGGUAGAUGAAGGAAUAAGUUAUCAUUUCAGUCCAUUACUACAGACUUUAGCAGACUAGGUGAGAUUCAAGGUUUUGUUCUUAUUUCCAAAUUUCACGCUCUAUUGGUAAAUUGUUCUAAUUGUGCUUUCCAAAAACGCAACUUAGUAUAGUAUUCUAUACUUUUUAGCUUUCUACAAUUUCUUUUCAGCUGGCUAGCAAAUGCUUAGAUGCGUUAAACGCAUCUUUGAACUCCUAUCCCAACCUCCACGUGGUGCUAGCUGGAUUGUAACUAUUGCAUAUUCCUGACAAUUACAGUGAUGAAGGAUUAUGCAAUUGUUACAAACAGAUACGGAAGGGGGCCAUUUGAACAAUUGUAUCAUUAAGUAGAUUAAAGUUUGUAUAUGUAUAAUGAAAAUGUUUGCUUUUGUAUUAUGUUUGUAUCAUGUUUUCAUCAAUAUUACAUCCAAAACCAUAUGCUUUUAGGUAUUCAAGUUCAAAUAUUGUGGUAUUUUAUUUAUCUUUUACUAUCUUGUCUAACUAUCUUAGCCUAUCUUAUACUAACUUAACUUAACAAAGGCAAAAUCAGUUUGACAUUCUUCUCUUUUUUGUUUCGCACGAAGAAUUUCAAUAUUUCUCAUAUAUUCUUGUUUUUUUCUUUUGUUUUCUCAAUACUUUCAAAAAUUUCCGAUUUUUCGGAUGUUAGCUUCCAACCAUAGAUUUCUAAACCGCUUAAAAAAGUGUUAGUUUAAAAAUUAAAGUUAAUAUAAAAUGUGUUAGUUUAUUCAUAUAAAAAAAAUAUAAAAAUGAAUUAGGUCAUCUUUCAUUGCUUGUGUUUUAUUUUUAUGAACAAUAUAAAAUUCGAUCUACGUGUAGAUCACACGAUCAUGACUAUUUGCAAAAUCAAAUGUUUUAAACUAUGCUAUAAAGAACAUGAUCAUCUAUUAAUAACUUCUUCAUUUUUUUGUUUGGCUUAUAGUUUGAUUGUGUCUCGCUAAUUUGUAAUUGUUUGGAUAUCGCCAUUGCUUUAUUAUUAAUAGUAACAUUAUUGUAUCAAGCGAUUUAGUUUAUAUUCUCCGUAGCACUAGAUUCUUUAUGCCAUAUCUAUGCAUCGAUCUCACGACAUUUAACGCACUUUAUCUCAUAAUCAUCAUCAUCUGCUGCAUUGUAAUGAGUGUUUUCUUGGGAUUCCUUACCAAUGUGAAGAUAAACUUUUUAAUGCUAGAAUCAGAAAUAUCCUAAACCACCAUUCUUCGCAGCAGAUAUUAUGUUUGUCGCCGUAUUUGGCCGCAAUCUUUAAGGAAAAAAGCAUAUAAGCAAAAUAUUGAUUGGCAUUAAACUAUUACUACUAAUAUGAUAAUAACCAUAGAUGAUUUGCACAAUGGUACAAGCGUUAAUAAAGGAUUAAAAUUAAAAAAAAAACAUAUCUAAUUUAUUAUUCGAGCAAGUGAUGUUGAUUAUAUGCAGCUCCGUAGCGUGGGGUUGGCGGGGUUGGCCACCGCCAAGGGCGCCAGGUCCAGGGGGCGAAAAAAUAAUAAGUUUUCUUAAUACAAUCACCAGGUAAAUUUGUAUUGAAAAAAUCCUUAGGCGCUGCUUUGGGAUUUGCCGUAUACGACGAACGACAAGAACAAAUGUAUUGCGCUGUGUGAACUCUGUAAAAUCCUGUAAAACAUGAUGAUGUAAAACAUCUGUCGUCAUACAAAUGAAUUUGUUUUUUUAUAAACUUGUUGAACAUUGCCUAAACUUGUUAGACUGUUCGCUUUAAUUAAAAUAAGUCAAAUGCAAUGAUGCACAUUGGAGAACUUACGUCCAUUUAAUUUCUGCUGCAACAAUUUGUGGGGGAACUAUUACCGAAAGAACAAAAUGAUUUGUAUGACGACAGUUGUAUGUUCAUGUUUUACAGGAUUUUACAGAAUACCCAGUCAUGCAAAAGCGAGUUCAUGCGGUCGAGUUUCUUUUGUUCUCAUGGUCCCUAACGGGUCUGUUCGGAAUCCACCGCGGAGUCCCGGAGGAAGACAUUUAGCGACCACACGCACACACUCAAACCGGGUUGGUAUAUAAAGCCCCGCGUAGCCACGCCCGCUUCAGUCGCCCGCGAGCGUUCGUAGCGUGUGGAUCUAUGCCAGAUUUUAGCAAAAAAAAUGAAUGAAUUCCAGAAAAUAAAAACGCCAGGGGGGUUCCUCAAAUUCACUCUCUCGUGAGAGCGUGAGAGAAUCUUUUUUCCCCAUACAACUUCCUUGGAGCUUUUGCUGAAAUGAUAGAGAACAUUGGAUUAGAAAUUGGUGUAGAAGAAAGUCAUGCUUACAUUUGCGCCAUCCGACCAGUCGUUGAGGGGGUACGUUGUGUACCGUAUAUAAAUGAAGCUGAAUGGGAAUGGAUUUCACUGCACGUAUGAUGCAAAACAUAAUUCUUUCGUGCUUUCAGAUAAUUUUGGGGAAAAAUAUUGCAUGACAGGUUUGUUUCCUACCAUACGACCGUUCCGAUAAAAAUAUUAGACCGUUGUUUGGUCCCUUUUAACUACCCUCAAGGUGUGGUUUAAUGGAAAAUUUCUUUAAACACACAGAAAUACGAGGUAGCUGCUACACGUGCUAAUUUUUUCCCACGAGCAUUCACACAGACGACAGGUAACUAGCACUGUUCGUUGUCGCUACGCGCCUAUACAUACGGAAGGUGUUACUGAUUCUUGAAGCCAGGUAAUGAACACAAGAUGCUACGUAGGUUCGACUAGGGGAAACCGAAUACCUCUGAUGAGAAUUGAGUCAUACCAUAAAGCCUUGCUUGGCCAAGAAAUGGUUACCGGCUAAACACCGACUCGCUUACCAGUUAUGCGUUCGGGUACAUAGGUAAAGAAUAUGAAUGUAACAGGAUGCGUCGAUUAGGUGUCGAACGAUGGGACUACAGGCGGUGAACGAUCAAUUUAAAAGCUGUUCAGAAGUCCUAAAUUUUUCAUAACAAUUGUUCAUAAGUAGGUUAACACUGUCCUUCACAUCUUUAUCCAAAUCGUAUGUUUGAAAGAAUUUAAAAAUUAAAUUUGUGACGCUGAAGCAAUCUCCAGCAAUAUUUAAUCAAAAUAACAUGGUUAAUUAACUGUGUAAAAAUCUGAAAAAAUCUUUAAAAGAUGCAAAAUGUUACUCUUUACAACUUUAUAGAACAUCAUUUUCGUCUAGUUCUUCAACUUUUUUAGUUAUUCGAUAAAAACCAACGAGCGGCCGCGAGGAAAUAGCUAAAGCAAGGCAUAGAAUUGUAGCGAAAAAUACCUUGUUUUUGUCAUUGAAUUUUAGUAUUAUUUUAUCUAAAUACCACACGGGAAAAUCUUGCAACUAUUAGCCCAAAGUGUGGCCAACAUAUUGUAAUCGGUGGUUUGUAAAUAAAUAAUAAUUUUAAUACAAAUAAAUAAAGAAAACUGAACGCGCUUUUGCACGCUACGCUACGACCAUCGCGACCAAAACACCGUCCGCUGCGGACGCGUUGCUUUCCACAUGGACUCAUUUACCGGCAUUAAACAU